GGUUUGUCCCCAGCGCGUUUUGUUGAGGACGACGAAACAAGCCAAAUCGCAGAGGAUCAAAAAGGACAUCCCUCCCAUCAGCUUCCCUCAUCCUCUUAUUUUAUUAUCCUCCUCCGCUUUCUUCCUCGGUUCUUGCGCUUGCGAGGUCGUUAGCAACUAUUUCACAUACCCACGGCAUUUUUUUUGCAUCCGUUCCCAUUCUUAACGCACCCCAUUUCAACGAUACACAAUGCUCUCAUCCGCACGCGUAGUAACUCGUCCUCUUCUCCGCGCCCAAACCCGCUCAUAUGCGGUCCUAGCAGACGCUUACUCGGCCGUGGGGUACACCCGAAAGGGCGACCAACCCCUCCAGGCCCCCAAAGUCAAUGCGACAGUGUCAAAGAGCGAGAGUGGCAUCACUAUUGCGAGUGUGGACCAUUUGGGCCCUGUGUCGACUUUGGCGCUUGUUGUGAAUGCUGGGAGUCGAUUUGAGAGUCCGGAUGCUCCCGGUGUUGCGCAUUUCUGGAAGAACACGCUUGUCCGGAACAUUGCUGGUGACAAUAUCGUGAGGACGGUCCGUGAGACAGAGCUUCGUGGUGACACCCUGUACACGGAGCACACCCGUGAACAGAUUAUCCUUGCCUCUGACUUUUUGAGGGACAACCUUGUCGAUGCAGUGCCUCUGUUGAUUGACAACUUGUUCAACAAGCAGUUUUACCCUUACGAGUUCCUUCAACACCGUCCUCAGGUCAUUGAACAAGCGGCCGCCUCCCUCGCUGAUCCUACAACCAAGGUCCUUGACUCUCUCCACCAAGCCGCUUUCCGGAACGGUCUUGGAAACUCGCUCUUUGCCAGCGCUCCCGCUGCCAAGGCGCUCAAACGUGCCCACUUGAACGAGUUUGCGUCCAAGUUCUUUACUGCGGACCGUAUUGCCAUUGUCGGACACGGUGUGUCGCACGACGAUUUGAAACCUCUUGUUGAGGAGGCUCUUGCCAAGUACACUUUACCAAAGGGCUCUGCCACUGCGGCUCCUAGCAAGUUCCGUGGUGGUGAAGUGAGGAUCGAGGCAGGACCCAAAGCUGAGAGCCACUAUGCUGUCGCAUUCCCUUCCCUUGCCUACACGGAUGCUCAGUACCCAGCUGCGUUGGUGUUGCGCGCCCUUCUAGACGGAUCCAAGCGCCUCAAGUGGGGCAACCCCUCUGGAUCCGCUGGUUUGUUGGCGUCGGCUGCUACCCCCACGACCUCUGUGACUGCUUUUGAGGCUGGAUACUCUGAUGCUGGUUUGAUUGGCUUUUACGUCCAAGGAUCUGCCAACGAUGUCAAGAACGUUGCCUCCAAGAGCGUUUCUGUGCUCAAGGGCGUAGCUAGCAACGUUCCCUCCGAUGCUCUUGCACGGGCCAAAAAGGUGGCUGUUGUAGAUGCCGAGUCUGCAUUGUCCCGCGGUGUUGCUGUCCAAGAGAUUGGUAAGCGGGUGUUGGCGAGUGGACAGUACCUCUCGACUAGCCAGCUUGCGGAUGCCAUUGCCAAGGUUUCUGCAGCGGAUGUGCAAAAGGUUGCGAAAGCGGCGAUUGCUGCCCGUCCUGCGGCUGUUGCGUAUGGAAACCUUCUCAAGCUCCCCUAUCUUGACGAAUUGUGAAUGCUAUAUAUAAAAAUACAUGCAUGAAAUUUUUAAACUUGUGUGGGCGCUUGAAUUCUGGGUUUUUGGUGGAUGGAGUAGAAUUGUCCUUUUAGCGAUGGGGAAGCUAUUUUUUAGUUCGCUUGUUUUCCUGUUUUUUUUUACAAACUGAAAUGAACAAAUGUGUGGGUGUGCUUUUCUGCUUGUUUCUAUGCGAUAUG